CACUGCUAGACACAGCCCCUCACUACAGCCCCCCAUUACUAGACAGCCCCCCACUACAGCCCCCUCCCCACGGCGGCGGCGUCCACGCGCGGCAUCGGCGCCGUCUACGGCUGAGGCUCGGCGCGCGCUCCGGUUUUCUCCCACACCAUCGAUCGCAACUACUGCAGACCGAUCGCAACUCCUGCAACCCCGAUCGCAACUCCUGCAACCCCGAUCGCAACUCCUGCAACCCCGAUCGCAACUCCUGCAACCCCGAUCGCAACUCCAGCAACCCCGAUCGCAACUCCUCGACCCCGACCGCAACUCGAGCUCCUGCAGUCCCGAUCGCCGCUCCCGCAACCCCGAUCGCAACUCUGCCUCCCGCCGGGACUCCGCGUCCCCGCCCCGGGUGUGGGUCUCCGCGCUUGGCUCGUCCGCCAUGGAGGGGCUGAGCGAGGACGGGUGGGGUAACGACGCCGGGGGUGCCGCUUCCGCCCGGCGGCUCAGGGAACCCCCGCCUGCUCCAGCUCCUCCGUCCCCGAGGGACCCCUUCGGGGAGCUGCGGGUCAGCGAUGUGCGCUCGCUGCUGCUGCCGCCCCACGGAGACGGCAAGGGAGGAGGCGAUCCGAGGAACGCGAGAGAGAUGGGGAGGGCACGAGGAGGAGGAGGAGGAGGAGGAGGCGGUGGAGGAGGGACGGGAGAGACGGUGAAGGCAGCGGGGGGAGAUGGAGGAGGUGGAGGAGGUAGCCCCAUCGAGAUUGGAGAGACGACGAAGGGAGCAGGAGGGGGUGUGAGAGGGAACUCGAGGGACGAGUUGCGAAAGGGAGUAGGAGGAGAGUCCAGGAAAGAUGCGACGGGGGAGAUGGAGGAGGAGCUGACCAGGGGACGACGAGGUGGAGAAAACAGAGAGAAGAGGGGAGAGAUGACAAAGGGACAAAGACACGGUGGAGGAGGAGGAGGAGGAGGAGGCGGGGUAGAAAGCGGAGAGCCGGGAGUGGAGUUGAGAGGUGGCUCGACAAAGGGACAGGACGGACGAGGAGUUGGUGGAGAGGCUGAGCCGGACGGAGCCCGGGACAAGGGAAGGCGCUCGCUGCAAGGUCGCUGUGCUCCGGUGCUGUGCUCCCACUGCCGUUCGAGCCUCCACGCGGGCAGCGUCGCCUACCAGAAGCGAGGCUCCGCACGCCUCUUCUGCUCCACCGCCUGCCUCAGAUCCUUCUCCUCCUCCUCGCUGCCUCCACGCGCCUGCCACCGUUGUGGAGUGGACAUGGUGAACUCUCGUCGCUCCAUCUCCCGUGAGGACGGGGACCGCUUCCUGGAGUUCUGCUCCUCUCCGUGCCUCUCGGCCCACGAGCUCAGCCCCAACCCCACCGCCACCCGGCCAAUCACGGCGAAGCGAGACGUGGGCCACGCCCCCAAGGCCGCCAGCGGCUCCGCCCACUCCAUCUCCGACUCCGCCCACUCUGUCUCUGGCUCUGCCCCAGAGACGGAUGGUCACGCCCCCGUGGCCGCUGAACACUCCCCCAGGGCGUCUGGCUCUGCCCCCGAUGCCGGAAACUCCGCCCUGUCGCCCGGUGACCACGCCCCCGGGACUGGAGGCUCCGCCCUCUUGGUCGGUGACCACGCCCCCGUGACCGGAGGCUCCGCCCUCCCGGCCGGUGGCCACGCUCCCGGGACCGGAGGCACCGCCCUCUUGGUCGGUGGCCACGCCCCCGUGACCGGAGGCUCUGCCCUCUCGGUCGGUGGCCACGCCCCCGUGACCGGAGGCUCCGCCCUCUCGGUCGGUGGCCACACCCCCGUGACCGGAGGCUCCGCCCUCUCGGCCGGUGGCCACACCCCCGGGACCGGAGGCUCCGCCCUCUUGGUCGUUGGCCACGCCCCCGUGACCGGAGGCUCCGCCCUCUUGGUCGGUGGCCACGCCCCCGGGACCGUAGGCUCCACCUUCUCGCUUGGAGGCCACGCCCCCGGAAUGGGAGGAUCCAUCCCCAAGGCCCAGUGCUCUGUGUGUGGCGAGGUGAGAGCGGUGCUACGCUCCGUGCGUCUGCAUCAACAGCAGCCCGGGGCCACCGCUGCUGCGUCCGUGUGCAGCGACGCCUGUGCUUCGACGCUCCUGGGCAAGCCGUGCUGCACCUGGUGUGGCAAGCCGGCCUUGCACACGACGGCCGCCGGCGCCGCUAUCACGGCUGCCGGUGCUGCCGGUGCUGCUGCCGGUGCUGCCGGUGCUGCCGGUGCUGCCGGUGCUGCUGCCGGUGCUGCUGCAUCGCACGCUGACACACAGCCACACGGCUUCUGCUCGCUGCAGUGCAGAGACUCGUACAGACAAGCCCAGGGCAGGCUGGAGAGCUGUGCCUGGUGCCAGGCGCGGUGCAUCCGCGCCGACAUGGCGGAGCUGAGCGUGGAUGGUCAGGGCACGCGGCACUUCUGCAGCGACUCCUGCCAGCUGUCGUUCCGCCUUCGCACCAUCAGCGCUGCAGGUGUGCAGGUAGCGUGCUUCUUCUGCAAGGUCAACGCCAUCCCCCAGUUCCACCUCACCAUGGCCGACUCCUCCAUCCGCAACCUGUGCUCACAGAGCUGCCUAACGCUCUACCAGCGAGUGUGUCUGACGGAGCUGGGGUCUCAUCUCUUCAAGAGCUCCACCACCUCCAGCUUCUCCAUCCCCUUGCCUCUCCCUCCUCCUCCUCCACCUCCUCCACCUCCUCCACCUCCCUCCUCAUCCACCUCCGACGAAUCCCCAAACUCCCACAAGACGAACGGCUCUGUGGAUGUGGCCACCGGCGCCUCACGCCGGCGCUGUGCUCACUGCCAGCGCGGCCUGGGCAACAGCAAGGCCAUCACUCUACAGUGCAAGGGCUGUCCUGUUGAGCUCUGUGGCCCUGUUUGCUGCGAGGAGUUCAAGCAGCAGCAUGGGGCUCGAGGGCGCUGCUCAUACUGCGGCUCGGAGAGUGAGCCGCUCUUCACGGCGCGCGUCCACGACUCUCAGCUCGCGUUCUGUUCUGACGGCUGUAGGGCUCUGUGCAAGCAAGUGUUCCUCAGGCAUCUGGGUCUGCAUCCCGUGUGCUGUGAGUACUGCUCCCAGCGCUGUCCCCGCUCGCCGGCCCUGUCGCUCGCCCUGCCCGGCUCUCACCGCGUCUACUUCUGCAGCCAGGCGUGCAUGACCAAGUUCAACACCUGGCACUUGCAGGUAUCUCGUUGCGACGGCUGUGAGCGCCAGGGCCGUCUGGAAGAGUCUCUCGUGUGGAGGGGACAGCGGAGACAUUUCUGCGACAAGAACUGCCUCCUCCUCUUCUACAGCCACCAGAGGGCGCCUCACAUGGACACCCAACCUGGCACGGAGACCACCGUCUCCGUUGAGACCGUGCCCAUCAUAGCGAGCGUGGUCUCGCUGGCGACGGUGCCGAUGAAGCCGCAGCCACGACCACCCUCAUCACCCCCCGCUCUGCACACGAAAAGAAGCGUCAAUACAAACGACGUGUCUGUGCAGACCCCGCCGAGUGCCCCCGCCUGCGUGAUGAGGAACAAGGCGGUCCUCUGCCGCCCGCUCAACAAAACCAAAGCCACUCAGUGCCGUCCGGUGUGUGCACACACGGAGACGCAGACCGAGAGCGCACGGUGCUGCUGUGGUGGAGGCUUCCCCGUGCCGGUGCCGGUCCCGGUGUUUGUGCCGAUCCCCGUGCCCGGCCUCUCCCAGGGCCCCCUCCUCCCCCUCUUCAUCCCGGUGCCCAUUCCGGUCCCCAUACUCAUCCCGUCAUCGUCAUCGCCGUCGUCCAUCUGGACGGGAGGAACCAAGCGGAGGAGGGCGGAGAUGGAGGAGGUCACCGAAUCCUUCGCCGCCGCCGCCGAAUUGAGACUCGCGAGGACGGCCGGGCGGAGGCUCACAGCGGAGACUUCCACGCACGACGCACGGACAGACGCACGGACAAACCCAGGCAAGAACAGUUGUACAGAGUCGAAGGCGGACAGGCAGACAACCUUACAGGCAGACACACAGACAACAUUACAGGCAGACAGGCAGACAACAUUACAGGCAGACACACAGACAACCUUACAGACGGACAGGCAGACAACCUUACAGGCAGACACGCAGACAACAUUACAGGCAGACAGACUCCGGGACAAAGAGGAGGUCGGUUGGACGGACUCGCUCACCGACUCGGAGGUAGACAGACGGGGAGAUUGGCUGUCUCACAGUCAGACAGUGGUACAGGCAGACAAGCAGACAACUUUACAAUACAAGCAGACAACUUUACAGGCGGACAAGCAGAGAACUUUACAGGCAGACAUGCAGACAACUUUACAGGCGGACAAGCAGACAACUUUACAGGCGGACAAGCAGACAACUUUACAGGCGGACAAGCAGACAACUUUACAGGCGGACAAGCAGACAACUUUACAGGCAGACAUGCAGACAACUUUACAGGCGGACAAGCAGACAACUUUACAGGCGGACAUGCAGACAACUGUACAGGCGGACAUGCAGACAACUUUACAGGCGGACAAGCAGACAACUUUACAGGCGGACAUGCGGACAACUGUACAGGCGGACAUGCAGACAACUUUACAGGCAGACAAGCAGACAGCUUUACAGGCAGACACGAAGACAACUUUACAGGCGGACAUGCAGACAACUUUACAGGCAGACACACAGACAACUUUACAGGCAGACACGAAGACAACUUUACAGGCGGACAUGCAGACAACUUUACAGGCAGACACACAGACAACUUUACAGGCAGACACGCAAACAACUUUACAGGCAGACACGCAGACGACUUUACAGGCAGACACGCAGACAACUUUACAGGCGGACACGCAGACGACUUUACAGACGGACAAGCAGACGACCUUACAGGCAGACACACAGACAACUUUACAGACGGACAAGCAGACGACCUUACAGGCGGACAGGCGGGCAGACGGCAGGCUGUCCCACAGCCACGCGGACUCGCAAGCGGAGAAGGAGUGGGACGACGUGGGGGACGCUGCUGCUGCUGCUGCUGUGUCCACGCACGGAGAGGAGGAGACCUCCUCGGUUGCCAUGGCGACGCUGUCACGGAAACGGAGACUCACGGAAACCCUCGACAAUUUUCGCCACAAGAGAUCUCUGGUGGACUCCGAGUGUGGUGUUGCCGCACGGAUGGAUUGCGCGAUCCCAUCGGUGGGCUCCACCUCGUCGGGCACCACGGACGACUCGUCCGAUGAGGAGGGUGAGGAGAGGGAGGGGUUGACAACAUCGUCAGCAGCAUCAUCAGCAAAAGCAUCAGCAGCAUCAUCAGUAUCAUCAUCAUCAGUAUCAUUAUCAUCAUCAAUGCGCUGA